AUUACUUUUGGCGGGAUUGAUCAUGGACAAUUGGGAAAGACAAGCGCUGUCAUAACGAAGGAAGCAAUAGGAAACUCACAGCAGCUUACAGUUCAGAAACUAACGAAUUUUCAGACCAGUGUCAUCAUUACCACCGGCAGUCAUGUCGGAGCAAAGUGAAGAAGCCAUGCUAACGUAUUAUAAGCGCUUGUUUCCGUAUGGACCUUACUUCAGGUGGCUUAAUUAUGGAAAUAUGAAAGAACAUUAUUUUCACAACCGGGAAUUUUCAUUCACUCUUCCUGAUGACAUCUACAUUAGAUAUCAGUCUUUUAAGGAUGAAGCAGAGCUAGAAGAAGAAUUGAAAAAAAUGAAGCCACAGAAAAUAGAUUUGGGUGCUGUAUAUAAUCACAGGCCAAAAAACCAUAGGAGUAUUACACACUUUCUUCCUAUGGAAAAGGAAUUGGUUUUUGAUAUAGAUAUGACUGACUAUGAUGAUGUCAGAAAUUGCUGUCAGGGAGCAGAUAUAUGUGACAAAUGCUGGAAAUUCAUGGUUGUUGCCGUUAAAGUCCUAGAUGUGGCACUCAGAGAGGAUUUUGGUUACCAGCAUUUACUAUGGGUUUUUUCCGGUCGUCGUGGAGUUCAUUGUUGGGUUUGUGAUGACGCAGCGAGAGCUCUUGAUCAGUCGGCGCGUUCUGCCGUCGCAGAGUAUCUGCAGAUCAUUAAAGGCGGUGAACAGCAAAAUAAGAAAGUAUCUUUUAACCAAGAACAUCUUCAUCCAGCAAUAAGUCGAGCUGCCGGAAUCGUCGGACAACAUUUCGAAUCAAUGAUGGUGGAAGAUCAAGAUAUUCUUGGAAAUGAAGAAGCAGUUAAGAAGUUUUUACUUAUGAUACCUGAUGAACAAUUGAGAAGUAAACUCGAAAAAACUAUGCUUGACUAUCACAAUAGUAUAAGCCGGUGGAGAGUAUUUCAAGAGUUGACGGCUAACACUGGCAAAACUAAACGCCAAACUUUACAUUUAAAAGAAGAAAUAAUGCUGCAGCUUACGUACCCUCGAUUAGACAUUAAUGUUUCUAAACAACUUAACCAUUUACUGAAAUCUCCUUUCUGUGUACAUCCAAAAACGGGCAAAAUAUGCGUUCCGAUAGAUCCCUCUAACGUGGAAGACUUUAGCCCCGAAACAGUCCCAACUUUAUCACAAUUAAUCAACGAACUGCUAGAAUUAAAUUCUGAGAGCUUAGGCAAGGACGGUAAGAGUAUGAAAGAAUACGAGAGGACAGCACUGAAUCCCUCUAUCCAGCUUUUCAAAAAAUUUCUCAACAAUCUGGAAAGUUCCUGGAGACACAAGCGGAUUAUAGCAAGCGAUGCAAAAAUGGAAUUCUAAAAAUUGAAGCAUUCAAUCGUUGGUUAAUACCUUUGCAGUUAAAUUCAAUCCCAUGUAUCUUUUAACUGAAUGUAAAGAAUUCCCCAUGAAAAACGAAGUUGAUCGAGUACAGUUUCCCGAUGCAAUCCAAAUUUUUUUAUGGAACAUUUAGUUGAACCUGUACCAUUCGUAUACAGUCUAUCAUUAAUAAAGCCACUUGGUGUGUGAAA